AUGGAGAUAAUCGACCGAAAGGGAACAGAGAACCAGGUCACUGACCAUUCAUCGAGGUUAGAGAAUCUGGAAGUAGAUCGCAUCCAGUCGGAGGUGAACGCAUCAUUCCCUGACGAGAAGUUUCUUAAGAUUGAAGAAUUGCCAUGGUAUACAGAUAUUGUCAACUUCUUGAUCGCCAUCGCAUAUCAUGCUCAAACAAACGGACAAGCAGAGGUUUCUAACAGAGAAAUAAAGUCGAUUUUAGAGAAGGUGGUGAAUCCAUCGCGAAAGUAUUGGGCUAUGAAGUUUGAUGAUGCCUUAUGGGCAUAUAAGACUGCUUAUAAGACAUCUGUAGGUAUGUCACCGUAUGCGUUAGUGUUUGGGAAGGCUUGUCAUCUGCCGUUCGAACUAGAGUAUAAAGCGAUGUGGGCAAUUAAGAAGCUUAACUUUUAUCUUAAGGCUGUAGGGGAAGAGAGAAAACUUCAACUGCUACAGCUGGACGAAUGGAGAUCACAGACAUAUGAAAAUGCCAAAAUUUACAAAGAACGCACGAAGCAAUGGCAUGACAAGUGUCUUUGUGAAAAAAAUCUCCAAGCAGGUCAGAAGAUAUUACUAUUCAAUUCUAGGCUGCGACUCUUUCUGGAAAAAUUGAAAUCGCAUUGGUCCAGGCCUUUCAUAAUUAAGGAAGUAUUCCCGUAUGGAGCGGUAGAACUGACAAAUGAAGAUGGGACCAACGCAUUUAAGGUAAAUGGACAAAGAGUGAACAUGUAUCAUGGAGGAGAUUUCCAAUGCGAGAAAACCUCCGUGGACUUGGGGAAGCCAGAAUAA